UAUUAUUUCCAGUAUAAAACAAAUGAUACGUUAUGCAAAAUGCGAGUACAAAAUUUCUCUUCGUUUUGAUCUCACGAGAAACAAUUGACGGCUACAAUGAAAAUAAUAGUUUUAAAUAUUUUUAUCUUGGUGCUUCUGUACUGGAGCGAGGGCUUUCCAGCUCCAACAUAUACUACAAAGUAUGACAACGUCAACCUGGACGAAGUGUUGGCGAGUGAGCGCUUGUUAACUGGAUAUGUAAACUGUCUUCUCGACCAAGGACCUUGCACACCCGAUGGCAAGGAAUUAAAACAAAAUUUGCCGGACGCCAUAGCCAACGACUGCAGGAGUUGCACUGAGCGACAACGCGAGGGCGCUGACAAAGUGAUGCACCAUAUCAUUGACAACCGACCUGAUGACUGGGACAAGCUUGAACAAAAAUAUAAAUCUGACGGUAGUUAUAAAAAGCAGUACUUGGAAAACAAAAUUAUGAAAAGCAAAGUUGAAGGAGAAAAAGAGCAAUCCCAAGAAAACGAGGACGCCGACGAAAAUGACAAAUGACUUAAAGUGGACAUACUCUAAUGUACUACAUGAAAAAAUGGAUUCUUUUCUCAUCAUUACAUCAGAGGUUCGUCUAUCUCUCUUAUUAUAACAAUUGGUAAAUCUAUUUUAUCGUCUAUUGAAACUGAACGUAAAAAUAUAGAACAGCAUUCA